AUGGACCCCAAAUGCUCCUGCACCACUGGUGGCUCCUGCACGUGCGCCGGCUCCUGCAAGUGCAAAGAGUGCAAAUGCACCUCCUGCAAGAAGAGCUGCUGCUCCUGCUGCCCCAUGGGCUGUGCCAAGUGUGCCCAGGGCUGUGUCUGCAAACGGGCAUGCAGCUGCUGUGUCUGAUGUGGGGACAGCUCUUCUCCCAGAUGUUAAUAGAACAACCUGCACAACCUGUUUUUUUUUUCUUAAUACAACCCUGAGCCAUUUGCUGCAUUUCUUUUCAUAUUAAAUAUGUGAAUGACAAUAAAACAAUUUUGACUUGAAAAAAAAAGUUUGGUAAUUGGUAAUGCGACUUUCCACUUUGUCUCAUACCUCAUAUCCAAUCCAUUAACAAAUUCUGCCAACUCUACUUUCAAAAUCUAUGAUUCCAAAAAAAUCCAAAAAAAAGUAUAAAGGGAAAAAAUACAAAAUACAAAAAACAAAAAAUUAAAAAUCA